UGUUGCUGUGAAGAAUGCCUCAGUGCCCUGUCAGAGGGUGGAGGUGGAGAGGGGGUAAGUAGCGUGGGCAGAGAUACUCUAGUGGACAGGGCACCUGUUUGGCACAGGGCAUACAACUCUCUGCCAGAGGGGAAUGCCAGCCCUGGGAAUUUGGAUGUGUCUGGCCUUUUGGGUGUUGAAAUAGCUUUCUGCUAUUCUGUGUGCUCGUUCGUUGGAGUGUGUGUGUGUUUGUGUGUGUUAUCUACAGGGAGUGUAGAAGAAGCUGUUUGAGUGUAGGACAGUUCUGUAGACACCAGCUGGUGACAGGAAGGGAGACACUCCAGCCCUGCUCCUGUGCAGAUGGCUUACUGGCCAACACACACACACACACACACACACACACACAAACACACACACACUGUUAGACAGUGACUCUGAUGUAGUACUGUACAUUGUGUUCCUGUGUGUGUGUUUGCGUGUGUCUGUUCUGCCCAUCCCACUUUAAGAGCCCCAAUGAUGCCUCUGAACAGACUGGGGGAUUAGAUUAGCAUAGACUAUAAAGAUAUUGUUGCAUAUCUGUCUGUGUGUGUGGGUGUGGUCAUGCACAUGUGGUCUUGAACACGUCUUUGUAUGUGUAUGUGUUGUGGUAUAUGUCUUAUACCACGGCAUUGUUGCAUACUCGAUUCUGAUUGGCUAGAAGGGCAUUCUAGAGUGGGGAUGUGGUGCGUAAUGCGCAUGAAUUUCUCCGGUCUGUCAAUGUUGCAGUCAUGAUGCAAAUGGUGCUAUGCUGUCAUCCUCCCACAUGUUUCUCGUUUGACCAGCUGUUUUCAGCUACUCGUAUUGUUGAUUCAGUUGUCAUAUUGGCAGAUUUGCUAGCAACAAACUAUUUAGCUAGCUUCUAGUCUAGUGUUUGAUAUGCAAUGCGAUAUCCUCUACGGUAAUGAACAGUGUCCUAACGAGACAGCAACUUUUCUAUGCCAGAUGAAAUCAGGCAUCAUCAGCUCCUUCUUAUGGAUGUAUCCAAAUAAAUGUCACUAGAAAACAGCUUAAACAAACACAAAUGCAGCUACUUUACUGUUAUUCUGGCUGCACUGUUUGACGUGACUGUGUUAUGACACGUUCUCCAUUAUUUCCAAGAUAAUGUACAGAGCGUCUAUCUCUUACGUGUACCUCAGUAUGUGUGGUCCUGCCAGUACACACAAUGCUAGAAACCAUCUCUGCAGUAAUUUGCUCCUCCAUCCUCAGGGGCUGAAGGAGUGGCUGUGACAGAUGUGUUUGUGUCUGCUAUUAUACUGCAGGCUCCUUGACCACUAAUGACUAUCCCUUUCUCACCAGCUCAGACACACCUCUGCUCUUCAAUCUGGGGAAAGAGUCUAUACUGCACACAUACAUCUGAUGAAAUCUACUCAGAUGUACACUGAGUGUACAAAACAUUAUGAACACCUUCCUAAUAUUGAGUUGCACCCCCUUUUGCCCUCAGAACAGCCUCAAUUAGUCGGGGCAUGGACUCUACAAGAUGUCGAAAACAUUCCACAGGGAUGCUGGCCCAAUGUUUCCCACAGUUGUGUCAAGUUAGCUGGAUGUCCUUUGGGUGGCGGACCAUUCUUGAUACACACGGGAAACGGUUGAGCGUGAAAAACCCAGCAGCGUUGCAGUUCUUGACAAACUCAAACCAGUGCGCCUGGCACCUACUACCAUACCCUGUUCAAAGGCACUUAAAUAUUUUGUCUUGCCCAUUCACCUUCUGAAUGGCACACAUACACAAUCCAUGUCUCAAUUGUCUCAAGGCUUAAAAAUCCUUCUUUAACCUGUCUCCUCCCCUUCAUCUACACUGAUUGAUGUGUAUUUAACAGGUGAUAUCAGUAAGGGAUCAUAGCUUUCACCUGGAUUCACCUGGUUAGUCUAUGUCAUGGAACGAGCACGUGUUCCUAAUGUUCUGUACACUCAGCGUAUAGUAUAGUAAAUUAAUGAAGUCAUAGAACUGAACCAGGGCUGUAAACAAGCAUCCUUAAAGGGGCAAUAUGCAGUUGCUACAUCCAUUUUUGGACUCCAUUAAUGAUAUGUAACCAUUGUUUCUUGAAAAAUAUAACUUAGAAAUGCCUCAUGAGCUUAGGUCAACUGUCAUAUCCCUUAAGAACCCAAAAUAUAAGCUUGUUUUACUCCAAUGUUUGUAAACAAAGUAAAUGAAAACAUUUUAGUAUUUUAGCAGAGGCUCUUAUCCAGAGUGACUUACAGUAGUGAGUGCAUACAUUUUCAUACUGGUUCCCCAUGGGACCCGAACCCACAACCUUGGCGUGCUCUACCAACUGAGCCACACUGGACUAAACAGACACUAUAUAGCUUCAUAACAUGUUUAAAUAUAUAAUUUUGAUAGCCUGGAUGGUCAGUCCUUGCAUCCAUAGCUCUGUUUUUGAACUUGAAAGUGGAUGCAUUUCUCCAGCCCCAUUCCUCAGCUUUUUACCGAAACAGUGGAGUACGCUUUGUUAUUGUUUCAACUGCUGAUUCCCCCUUUAACAUAGAAUUUACUUCCAAGAUCUAAUUCACAAUGAACACAAUCCAUUUGACAGUGGUUGAAUAUCGAUCACCUUUCCCAGUGGAGGGGAAGUGAUGGGAUGCAAAUGGAAAUUAUAUUGAUUCCAGCUCAUCACAUUAGUGGGGUGUACAAGUACGCUGCAAGUCUUUGCAUGUUUAUACAUUCAUACAUUACUACAGACGAUGAUCCUUUUGAAAAUCAUUCCCAAGGAUGAUUAUUAUGAUAUACUGUAAGAACUAAAGGUAAUACUAUGUCAUCACCAUUAGACUAUGGUCAUGGACAUCACUAAGGCUAGUAAUGGAGGUUGUGUGUAAGGCCUGUGUCACCUCUAAGGUGAUUUUAAAGGCUAUAUGUCAGGCUUUUGUCACCUCUAAGGUGAUAGUAAAUGCUGUAUGUCAGGCUUAUGUCAUGAUGAAAUCUUCUCUCAUUGUGUUUGUUUCCAGCUUGAUAACCCAGACGAGCAGGCUGCACAGAUCAGGAGAGAGCUGGACGGACGACUGCAGAUGGCUGAUCAGAUCGCCAGGGUAAGACACCACCACCUCAAAGUAAAGUAGAGAAUUAGACAUCUUAAAUCACCUCACCAGAGCUGAAACAGAUACUGUAGAAGACAGUAGCCCUAAGGCCUAUACACUAAGUAGUAGAGGUACUGCAGUAUGUGUGUGCUCUGAACCCUAGGCCCUCACAUGAGCAAAACAGCCUCAAUAAUGUAAAAGCAGAGGGAGACUCAGGGCAGGAGUACGCAUGAAUAAACAUCCUCUUUAAAAAGACUGUACACUUUAUGGUUGUAGACUUCACCAUGGACUUGUCUAUGCGUGUGUGCGUCCUUGUGUGUAUGCCUGCGUGCGUCUGUCUAACAGGGUGGCAAGUUUCCCAAGUUUGUUUCCAAAGAGAUGGAGGCCAUGUUCAUAGAGGAGCUGAGAUCUUCAGUGAACUUGCUGAUGGCUAACCUGGAGAGCAUGCCCGUGUCCAAAGGAGGAGAGUUCAAACUGCAGAAGCUCAAACGCGGACAUAACACCUCCAUCAUAGACAUGGGCCAGGAGGAUGAGAACACGCUGUCCAAGUCUGAUGUGGUGCUCUCCUUCACUCUGGAGGUAUGGUUGGUUUACACUGCAGCUCACACAGCCUGCCAGAGACACUGCCUCCAGUGGUCAUAUGCAGAAGUGUACUAUUGAAGUUACCCUAACUAUUUCAAUUCAGGCUACAUGGAAAAUAAAAUUCAAGGCAACAUUGCUUCCACAAUGCCAGCAGAUAUUGUGACACUUACUUUAGAGACAACAGAGACACUGAGAGGGAAAGUAAGAGAGAGAUAUAGACUGAAUGACAGAGGUGGAAACAUAUACACAUUACACAGUGAAAGAGAGAGAGCUAGGGAAAGAGAUAGAGAUCCAGGGAAAGAGAAAGAGGGAGAUAGAUAGAUAGAUAGAUAGAUAGAUAGAUAGAUAGAUAGAUAGAUAGAUAGAUAGAUAGAUAGAUAGAUAGAUAGAUAGAUAGAUAGAUAGAUAGAUAGAUAGAUAGAUAGAUAGAUAGAUAGAUAGAUAGAUAGAUAGAUAGAUAGAUAGGGUAUUGUAUGUAGAUCGAAUUAAUCAAUUUUGAAUUCAGGCUGUAACACAAUAAAAUGUGGACUACUAUAAGUCAAGGGGUAUGAAUACUUUCUGAAGGCACUGUAGGCUCUGAUGAUUAAUGUCCUAUGGGACUUAGUCCCUCCCCUCUCAUAUACCUCAGAAAUGUUUGUAGCAGCAGUCGUAAUGUUUUACACUCCCUAUUCUGCUAGUCUCAGGGGACAUGGCUGUAGAUCAGAGAGGCUGAGCUGAUCUGGGCAGCCCAUGUCUGUGAAAAACCAAGGCAUUGGUUAAAUGACAUUCUGUGUUCAUGUUUGUGUCUGAAACUAGUUUGUAGCAGCAGAUAUGUGUUGGAAAUAAGUGACAAGUAUAGGUGUUUGAUCGGCUUUUCUCUAUCUCAGGUGGUGAUAGUGGAGGUUCAGGGGUUAAAGUCAUUGGCGCCCAAUCGGAUCGUCUACUGCACCAUGGAGGUGGAGGGGGGGCAUAAGCUCCAGACUGACCAGGCCGAGGCCUCCAAACCA